AUUAGCUGAUAAAAUACAUUUUAUACUAUACUACUCUACAAAUUUGAAUAUGGUGUGAAUAUAUAAGUCCAAUCAAUUUUUAAAAGCUAAUCACUCUGGUUAUUUGACUUGGAUAACCAUGAAGUACUUGAUUAUAUUGUCCCUGCUUGCAUUUGUCGCCCUUGCAAAAGGUGACGAAGAUGAUUCCGUCUUCCCCCAAGAAGGCAGAAUUGUCGGAGGAUACCAAACAACCAUUGAACAAGUCCCAUACAUAGCUGUUUUACUCACAGCUACAAAUAACUCAAUCUUCUGUGCUGGUUCAAUCAUCAGUAACCAAUGGAUCGUCACCGCUGCUCAUUGCAUCGUUGGCAUGCGUCCUGAAGAUAUAAAAAUCCGAGUUGGAUCCUCUGAUUACACUGAAGGUGGUCAAUUGGUUGAUGCAAUCGCUAUCCUGACAAACCCUAACUUUGACAGGGUUUACCGUUUUGAUUACGAUGUUGGUCUAAUUAAGAUUAACAAUAUCACCAUCAAUAACAGUACGGUUGCUACGUGCCAAUUACCUGAUGAAAGAGAAUACCCAUCAACAGGUUCAAGCGUUUUGGCUUCCGGAUGGGGACAUCAACAGUCAGGAGGCACUCCAAGUAGGAUUGUGCGAGCUGUGCUUGUAAGAAUUACAUUUCACUUGCUGUGUAGGUUGAGAUAUGCAAAUUUGACGAAUAAUAUGAUCUGCGCUGCUGAUACUGGUAAGGAUACCUGCCAGGCUGAUUCUGGUGGCCCAUUGAUUCUUCCUACCGCCCGUGGUAGUGUAUUGGUGGGUAUUACUUCUCACGGGUCAGGAUGUGCUCUUGUUAGUUAUCCUGGUGUGUAUACUAGUGUUGCUACUCCCGUUAUUAGGCGUUAUAUUCGUGAUAACACUGGAAUAUAAAAGUUAUGAUAUUUGGCUUGUAUUCAAGGAUUAUAUGUAAUAAAUAAUAAAUAUUAUAUAAUGCAGUA